AUGGCUCAACUUUCACAGGCAAUAACUAUUUACUUGGGCUCAACAAUAUGUAUUGUAGGAAUUAUAGGAGGAUUUCUGAACAUCCUCGUAUUUCUUACUCUUCGAACAUUCAAUGAAAAAUCUUGCGGAUUUUAUUUGAUUGUUAUGUCAUUUGUUAAUAUUGGUAAUUUAACGACAGGCCUACUUUCUCGCAUUCUUAUCAGUGGAUUUCAUCUUGAUUGGACGUUGAUUUCGCCUUUUUACUGCAAAUUCAGAUGGUAUGGUCUUCAAUUCGGUGUGCUGACUUCUUUUACAUGUACAUGUUUGACAGCAAUUGAUCAAUAUUUGUCCACGAAUAGACGAAUUGAAUGGCGUCGAUGGAGUAGUAUCAAACUGGCCCAUCGUGUAAUGGCUGCAUUCAUUAUUGUUUGGCUUCUUCACGGCAUUCCAUAUUUAAUAUAUUUUGAUUUAGUUCAAUCACCAAUUACAGACAAACUAGUUUGUGCCAGUGUUAAUAAAAUCUUACAAUAUUAUCAUACUUAUGGCUAUCUUAUUCUUUUUGCAGGAAUCAUACCUCUUGUUAUUACGGGUAUUUUCGGUCUUUUAGCUCGCAGAAAUGUUCGACAUACGGUAAAUGGGACGAUAUCUCUUGUUCAACGUUAUUUAGAUCAACAAUUAACUAAGAUGGUUCUUAGUCAACUAUUCUACAAUUUUAUUUUUACUUUUCCAUAUACAAUGUUGACAACGAUUAUGUCUUUUAUUCCUGCUGUAAAUGACUCACUAAUAAGCACAAGAUUAGAUUUUGCAAAUGUUAUGACCAUACUUGUAUAUUAUAUGAGUUUUGCGGUAAUUUUAUAA